AUGCAAGUGGCGAAGGCGGAGCGUCCUACGAAGUGGCGGGGCGUCCUACGAAGUGGCGGGGCGUCCUACGAAGUGGCGGGGCGGCCUACGAACCGGCGGGGCGGCCUACGAACCGGCGGGGCGGCCUACGAACCGGCGGGGCGGCCUACGAACCGGCGGGGCGGCCUACGAACCGGCGGGGCGGCCUACGAACCGGCGGGGCGGCCUACGAAGCGGCGGGGCGGCCUACGAAGCGGCGGGGCGGCCUACGAAGCGGCGGGGCGGCCUACGAAGCGGCGGGGCGGCCUACGAAGCGGCGGGGCGGCCUACGAAGCGGCGGGGCGGCCUACGAAGCGGCGGGGCGGCCUACGAAGCGGCGGGGCGGCCUACGAAGCGGCGGGGCGGCCUACGAAGCGGCGGGGCGGCCUACGAAGCGGCGGGGCGGCCUACGAAGCGGCGGGGCGGCCUACGAAGCGGCGGGGCGGCCUACGAAGCGGCGGGGCGGCCUACGAAGCGGCGGGGCGGCCUACGAAGCGGCGGGGCGGCCUACGAAGCGGCGGGGCGGCCUACGAAGCGGCGGGGCGGCCUACGAAGCGGCGGGGCGGCCUACGAAGCGGCGGGGCGGCCUACGAAGCGGCGGGGCGGCCUACGAAGCGGCGGGGCGGCCUACGAAGCGGCGGGGCGGCCUACGAAGCGGCGGGGCGGCCUACGAAGCGGCGGGGCGGCCUACGAAGCGGCGGGGCGGCCUACGAAGCGGCGGGGCGGCCUACGAAGCGGCGGGGCGGCCUACGAAGCGGCGGGGCGGCCUACGAAGCGGCGGGGCGGCCUACGAAGCGGCGGGGCGGCCUACGAAGCGGCGGGGCGGCCUACGUUGCGGCGGGGCGGCCUACGUUGCGGCGGGGCGGCCUACGACCAACCGGUGAAGCAGUCAACGAAGCAAAUGGAGUGGCAACUGGCGGAGCAGCCUACAAUCUCUCUUACGAAGCACAAGACGCGGCAGCCUACAAGCUGGAUGGAUGUGCAACAUGCUUUCAGGAGCGGCGGAAGCAGAGGCUGGGCUUUAAGGAGCGGCGGAAGCAGAGGCCUUGCUUCAAGGAGCAGCGGAAGCAACCAAGGAAGCAACAGAACGCACUGUUGAAGCAGCUGACAAGGGAGAAGCUGCCUGGUGCAGAGAAGGGGAGAAACUGCCUCUGGUGCAGAGAAGGGGAGAAGUCGCCUCCUGGUGCAGAGAAGGGGAGAUAUGCCGCCUGGGGAAGCAGCAGUGAAGGGGAAGCAGUAGUGAAGGGGAAGCAGUGUUGGGGAAGCAGUGUUGGGGAGGCAGUGUUUGGGAGUCAAUGUUGGGGAGGCAGUGUUGGGGAGACAGUGUUGGGGGGGCAGUGUUGGGGAGGCAGUGUUGGGGAGGCAGUGUUGGGGAGGCAGUGUUGGGGAGGCAGUGUUGGGGAGGCAGUAUUGGGGAGGCAGUAUUGGGGAGGCAGUGUUGGGGAGGCAGUGUUGGGGAGGCAGUGUUGGGGAGGCAGUGUUGGGGAGGCAGUGUUGGGGUGGCAGUGUUGGGGAGGCAGUGUUGGGGAGGCAGUGUUGGGGAGGCAGUGUUGGGGAGGCAGUGUUGGGGAGGCAGUGUUGGGGAGGCAGUGUUGGGGAGGCAGUGUUGGGGAGGCAGUGUUGGGGAGGCAGUGUUGGGGAGGCAGUGUUGGGGAGGCAGUGUUGGGGAGAGGCAGUGUUGGGGAGGCACUGUUGGAGAAGCAGUGUUGGGGAAGCAGUGUGGGGGAAGCAGUGUUGGGGAAGCAGUGUUGGGGAAGCAGUGUUGGGGAAGCAGUGUUGGGGAAGCAGUGUUGGGGAAGCAGUGAAGCCGCCUGA